AUGAGCGCGGUGAUGUCUGCCCUGUCCAGCCGCAGGGGCAGCAGAGUGUCCACGCCGGCGGGAUCGGUGACCGGUUCCGUUGCCGGGAUCUCCUCGGACACGGAGUCCCGUCAGGCCGAGCAGAUCCACCACCUCAUGGUGGCCGCCCGGAAGUGGCGUCAGAAGUACGAGACGGCGGGUCUGGAGCUGAAGGCGGCCGCCAAGAAACGCCGGGAGAUGGAGGAGGACUUCUUAAGGAAACAGCUCAAGAUGCAGGAAGAACACACCCAGCACGAGAAGGCGAGUCUGAAGGCUCAGGCUGAGAAGUACGAGGAGAAAAUCACUAAGCUUAAGGAGCUGAUCAACGGACUCAAGAACUCUCUCUGGCCGACAAAGAAACUAGCCGAGCUCAACUUUCAGGUGGAUUACGAGCGCGCGAUGCGGAGAAAGGAGACAGACAACUUCACAAAAGACAAGCAGAAACUUGAAGAGGAGCUGAAAGACGAGAGUCAGCAGAACCGGAGUUUGCUGGAGAAGCGGAAGAGCAGAAUUCGUCGGCUCUGGCGCGUGUCUGCCCGGGCGGCUGCCAUGAAGGAACAACUAUCCAAGACGGCGGAGGAUGAAGACUCGCAGAAUAAGUCAAGAAGAAGGUUCCUUGAGAAGCAGACCAAGACGUAUGAGCUCAGGUGGAAGGAGGAGAAGGAACGCGCAAGACGUCUUCACGAUACCUUCAUGGCGGAGGUGGAGGAGAAAGUUCUUCAAGACGCAAAACUGGAAACUUUGAGACAAUCCUUAGAGUCGGAACUGAAGGAUGUCCAGCGGCAGAUUCAGAUGGACAACGCGAAGCUGAAAGCCGAGUUUGCCUGGCAGGAAAUGGAUCUAGUAAACCUGUACGAGAAAGGUCACCAAGAGAACACAAACCUGGUGUCAGAAGUGGAGGGAAAAGUGGGCGAUCUGAAGAGAGAGUUCUGCAUGGUGUUUGAGCAGAUACGCAACCUUCAGCAGACCGUGCAGUACAUGGAUGAAAAGUUGUACCCUGUCCAUCUCCUGGUGCAGAGACUGGAUAAGGAGAAAGUUGCAGCGACUCGCGGAGAAAUCUCGGACACAAACAUCGCGCAGACCACCAGACAGAUCUGCGUGAACGUGGCCAAACAGCGGAAGGAAAUGGCGGAGACGUUAGAGGAUGUGGAAGAUUGUCUUACCACCGGGAGUUCCCCCCGAUCUCAGCAGAUGCUGUGGGAUAACCUGACUCACCUGCAGGUUCUUGUAGACUUGAACAGCCGGGAACUCGGGGAGCUGAGAAAAAUACUAAAGUGUCGUAAAGCCAGGGGACUUUACGACAGGUCAAAGGGCACGUCAUCGACGCAAACCGGCCUCCAGGAGCACCCUUUAUCUUCCAAAGUAGCGAAUCGGUCGAUUAGAGGAAAAAGUACUUCAACGUUUCCCCGAGUAGCUGCCAGACUGUCUUCUGACUCUAAAGGGGCUAUUCAGACAAUUUGGAUGGACUUGUAAUAAGAUAUUAUGUUUUCGUUCGUUUCUGAAUUCAUUGCAGAUUCAAGUUACUAUUUGUGAUAUAGUUACAAACAAACAACUCUUCUCAAGUAAUUAAAGGAGAAUAUUCUAGGCGAUUCAUGCAAAUCCCUGAGUCAUGACGGGACUUCAAAACAGAUACAGACUUCAAAGUUGUACGAGCGUUUGCAUAUCUACA